AUGCAGAUGAUUGCGACAGUGUGGGGUGAUGAAGGUAUGAGACAAAUUCUUGAAGAAGGCAAGUUGAAGAGUGACAAGCUCUCUUUAAUCAUUCGUUCGUGGUUGUGGAGCACAUGUGCACGUACGGACAUCGAACCGUGUGGUUCGUGUUAUUUUGUUUUCCUUUAUUUCCUUACAUUUCCUUACCUUUUUCCCUUUACCAACACUACGACUAGCACGUUCUCGCUACGGUGA